ACCAGCUGGUUUGCACGCAAACCGGUUUUGGAAUACAAAAUGUUAUUAACAAAUGUGAUUAAAAGUAACUUUCAAAAAGCUGCAAAUCUACUUGCCAGCAGUCGGAGUAAAUCUGGUUUAUUUCAAGCCAAAUCCACUGUCGAGAGAUACUGUGGGGGGUGGGGCAAUCGCAAAGCCAAAUCGAAUUCAGCUAUCUAUACGACGCCAGAAACGAGAGCGGCAGCAGCAACUGGUGGCGGUGUGGGGCUCUGCAGAUUCUACAGCACUCAAAAACAAACCGCAACAGGGAAAACACGCAAAAUGGUGGUUAAACUAAAUGAACAGGAACGUGCCGAGAAGCUGCAGCCCCUGCUGGACGCUGGCUGGACUUUGGUGGAUGGUCGCGAUGCCAUUUACAAGCAGUUUGUCCUGAAGGACUUCAAUCAGGCGUUCAGUUUCAUGACAGGCGUGGCCCUGCUGGCCGAGAAAAUUAACCAUCAUCCGGAGUGGUUUAAUUGCUACAACAAAAUCAACGUCACACUCUCCACCCACGACGUGGGCGGCUUGAGCUCCCAGGACAUUCGCAUGGCCAAUUACUUUGAGACGCAGGCCAAUUUGUUGAAGUAAUUAAUAGUUCUUGUAUUCUCUCUUGUAAUCCAAUAAAUGUUCAGCCUAAUGUGGACUUGCUAAAGA